AUGAGGCAAAGAAGGGCCGCAGGGCGAGGGGAGAUGAGAACAUGGGUCGAGUUGAACGAUCUAAUGAGGAGUACAUUCGUGCCUCGAUCCUACUAUCAUAAGUUGAGGGGAGAGCUACAUGACUUGAAGCAAGGGAGUAAGAGUGUCAUGGAGUACUAUUAUGAGUUGAUAGCACUCAAGGGGAGAGUUGGGAUUGAGGAGAGCGAAGAGGUUACCCAAGACCGCUUCAUCCACGGGCUUAAUGUGCACCUGAAGCACAAGGUCCAAGUUGAAGCCAUGAGAGGUUUGACCAUGGAUGAGGUUCUCGGGUUCGCCGAGACGUUUGAGCGGCAAGGCAAGGAGAAAUCCGUGAGCAAGGGGAAGGCGACCUUCACUUCUACUUCGGGUGGAGGAGGAGGAAGCAAGUGGAGUACACCUCAAAGGAAGGGAGAGACACCCACCACUCCUAGCACUUUGCCAAAAACUCCAAUGAAAGCACUAACGGCCCCUCCACCGACCAAAGGGACCCCACAAACCAGUGAAAGAAGAACUCAAUGCUUCAAAUGUAAGGGAUUUGGCCACUAUGCUAGGGAAUGCAUCAAUCAACGAGUUAUGGUAAUUGGGGCGGACGGCCAAAUCUAUAGUGAGGAUGAAGAUGAGGCGGAUGAGGAAGAAGGGGGUGAGUCUUGCCCAAACACAAAUAUUGGGUUCUCUAGUGAAGACGAGUUGACCGAAAGGGUGACCAAUCUUGUGGUCCUCCGCACGUUAAGUGCCCAACCAAAGCAAGAUGAAUGUGUAGAGCAACGUUCCAAUAUCUUCCAUAUGAAGUGUAAAGUUCAAUCCAAAACUUGUCUUGUGAUUAUUGACGGAGGAAGUUGCACCAACGUGGUGAGCGAAAGGUUGGUUGCAAAGUUGCAAUUGCCGGUGACGAGGCACCCAAACCCAUACCGACUCCAAUGGUUGGGUGAAAGUGGGGAUCUCAAGGUAUCGGCCCAAGUCCAAGUACCAUUGAAGAUUGGGGAAUUUGAGGAGAAGGUACUUUGUGAUGUUAUUCCCAUGUCCGCUUGCCACUUACUUCUUGGUAGGCCUUGGGAAUAUGACAACAAGGUGUCAAAGGAGGGGUACACAAAUGAAUACUCUUAUGUGUCCCGUGGGAAGAGGAUCCGUUUAAAGCCCUUGUCCCCUAGUGACAUUAUAGAAGCCCAUAAACACUUGAGUAGAGAGCGAGAGAAAGAAAAAAGGCAUGAGAGUGAAAAAAAAAGCCAAAGCCACUCUCCAUUGCUACUCGCCAUUCCAAGGCGGAUUUGCUUGACUAACACUAACCUUGAGCUUGUCCCGGAUAUUGUUAAAGUUGUUUUGCAGGAGUUUGAGGAUGUGUUUCCAAGUGAGCUCCCCAACGAGCUUUCUCCAAUUCGGGGAAUUGAGCAUCAAAUGGAUUUCUUGCUGGGUUCUUCUCUACCAAACCGGGCCGCUUACAAAGCCAAUCCGAACGAGACUAAGGAAUUGCAAAGGCAAGUCGAUGAACUCCUUGCCAAAGGUUUGGUCCAUGAGUCUCUCUCUCCAUGUGCUGUGCCGGUUAUACUUGUGCCUAAAAAGGAUGGCUCUUGGAGAAUGUGUGUUGAUUGUAGGGCCAUCAAUAAAAUCACCAUUAAGUAUAGGCAUCCCAUACCUAGGCUUGAUGACAUGCUUGAAGAUUUGUGUGGUGCUACUUGUUUCACAAAAAUUGAUCUUGCUAGUGGAUAUCACCAAAUUAGGAUGAAGGAAGUUAUUUUUCUUGGAUUUAUUGUGGGGAGGGAUGGUGUCAAGGUAGAUGGGGAAAAAGUUAGGGUCAUAAAGGAGUGGCCUACACCUAGGAAUGUUAGUGAGAUACGCUCUUUUCAUGGCCUUGCUAGUUUCUAUAGAAGGUUCGUGAGAGACUUCUCAACCAAAGCCGCUCCUUUCAAUUAUCUUGUGAAAAAGAAUGUUGUUUUUGUAUGA